GGGAAAAUGAAGAAGAGUGUCAAUACAGGGACUUUUUUUAGCACAUCAAAUUUUUAUCAUCAAAUAGGAUAAGGUUUCAUUUACUUUCAUGAGAUUUCUGAUGAGGAGACCUAACGCAAUAUCAUAUAAAGGACAGUUAAAGGCUGUUUACCUUGAGGGAAUAGCUUUCUGCUACAAGUGUUUGAUGAGCUGUCAUGUGGAACAGGAAUGUGACAUGUUUUGGCACAGCAAAGGUAUCUCUGGGGUUGACAGACUGAAAUCCCAAGGAAAUGGGUUUCAACCCCGCAGAAGUCAGAGCUGCCCAAUGGGUCAUUUUCAGGAGGUAGUGACAGCGAUAUUAAAGGUCUAUUCCAGGUGAUCAGAGUCAUGCAGUUCUACAGCUCAGCCAGGGCAGCAGAUGAGAACUUUGACUAUUUGUUCAAGGUUAUCCUCAUUGGGGAUUCUAAUGUGGGGAAGACAUGUGUGGUUCAGCAUUUCAAAUCUGGGGUCUACACUGAGACACAGCAGAACACCAUCGGGGUGGACUUCACUGUGCGCUCCCUGGAGAUCGACGGCAAGAAAGUAAAGAUGCAGGUGUGGGACACGGCGGGCCAGGAGCGCUUCCGCACCAUCACCCAGAGCUACUACCGCAGCGCCCACGCGGCCAUCAUCGCCUACGACCUCACGCGGCCGUCCACGUUCGAGUCGGUCCCUCACUGGAUUCACGAGAUAGAGAAGUACGGAGCGGCUAACUUGGUCAUCAUGCUGAUCGGAAACAAAUGUGACUUGUGGGAAAAGCGGCACGUCCUGUUCGAGGACGCCUGCACACUGGCUGAGAAGUAUGGCCUCUUGGCAGUUUUGGAAACAUCCGCCAAGGAGUCCAAGAACAUAGAUGAAGUCUUCGUGCUGAUGGCCAAGGAGCUGAUUGCCCGCAACAGCCUGCACCUGUAUGGGGAGGGCAGCCUGCACAGUCUGCUCACAGACUCCAGUCCAGUUCUUAUAGCCCAGGGUCCGAGUGAGAAGAGCCACUGCACCUGCUGAAUACGUGGGUGAGGCCAAUUUGGAAAGCAGAGGCAGUCAGAUACCCAGUGUCCCCUGUGUAGCACUGCAGGACAAAUGUAGCCUUGCCACUGACCCCUGAUCCCUCCAGCCUGAAGGAACAGCACUUCUGCCUUGACUCACACCACAGACUCCAAGGGAACACCAUCAUCUUUCUUAACUCCUAGUAAAAUUUGAACUUAUACAGGGGAAGGUCAAGGUUUGCAUUUCCCUUCUUUUCUGCCUCACCCCCAUCCCACCAGGUCAACUGCUUUCCCCUGAAUUUCGCUUCUCAACUUGAAGAUAGUGAAGGAAAAACAGGAGAGGAUGUUUGGAACAUUCUACAGCUCGGGCAGGGAAAUGGGAGAAAGCCUGCCAUGAAAAAACCAAAAUGCUGUUGUCAUGUUUCCCCCAACAUUCACCCCUCAGUCUGCCCUGGGGAGCAAGUCCUGUUACCUAAAUACAAGCAACAGUGUCUUGCAGAACUGCCAGGAACCACCCACCUGAGGGAGAUGGAAUCGAGUCCCACUUGGUCUGGGUUGGGCUGAUGGGGCACCUUUGCGACCAUAAGGAUAUGAGGGAUGCCUAGAAUUUCUAAAACAUCUACUGGAUCAGAAAUCAAUUCUGGGGCUGGGCUGUGGCUCAGUGGCAGAGCGCUUGCCCUAGCAUGUGUGAGGCACUAGGUUCGAUUCUCAGCACCGCAUAUCAAUAAAGAAAAUAAAGAUUCAUUGACAACUAAAAAUAUAUAUAUUUAAAAAAAACAAUUCUGAAUUGAAAUUAAAUUGGCUCAUAGAGGAUUAUAAAACUA